AAACAGUCGCCGGACGCGGAGCCGCCAGGAAGCGCGGGAGGGGGGGCGGGUCCGGAGGGGCCGGGCCGCCUGCUAACCCCUCCCUGUCCGGGCCUGGCUGCUCAGUACGGGGGCGGGCCCCGCCAGCUGACCCCUCACCCGCUCCCGGCCUCGGGCCUCCAGGCCCUUCCGGGAUUUCGCUCCGGUUUCCCAGGGCAUCGGGGAGGGAGUACGGGCCCUGGGGUCCGCUCUCCGCAGUCCUUAGCCCCUCGGGACUGAAAUGACCAGCCCCCCACUUCCGUGAGUGGGUGGGGGCGGGGUCAUGAAACGUGCCUUCUGCCCAGGGCGGAGCUUCUCCUAAGGGGCAAAGCCAAGACAUCCCGAAUUGGGGCUGACAGGGCGGCAGAUUAUUAAAGCUGAGGGUGGAAGGAUGCUCAGGGUAUUGGGGUCAGGGUGGCAUUAGCCCAGCUCAAGCCGGGAUGGGCUGAGUCAGCAUCCUGCCCUGGCCAACCUCCCUCCCCGACAGCACCGCACUCCCUUGGGCAGAGAUGGGAGAUGGCGCCGGUGUUGCCGCUGGUGCUGCCCCUCCAGCCCCGCAUCCGCCUGGCGCAGGGGCUCUGGCUACUCUCCUGGCUGCUGGCACUGGCCGGUGGCCUCACCUUUCUCUGUAGCGGGCACCUCCUGGUCCAGCUGUCGCACCUUGGCACCUUCCUGGCUCCCUCUUGCCGGUUCCCUGCCCUACCCCAGGUUGCCCUCGCAGCCGGUGCAGUGGCUCUGGGCACAGGAUUCGGGGGUGCAGGAGCCAGCCGGGCAAGUCUGGAUGCAGCUCGAUACCCUCCCUGGAGAGGGGUCCUGGGACCACUGCUGGUGGCUGGCACUGCUGGGGGUGGGGGGCUCCUGGUCCUUGCCCUGGGGCUUGCCCUGGGUUUGCCUGGGAGUCUGGACCAGGGGCUAGAGGAAGGCCUGGGAACUGCCUUGGCUCACUACAAGGACACAGAGGUGCCGGGGAGAUGUCAUGCCAAACGGCUGAUGGAUGAGCUGCAGCUGAAGCACCACUGCUGUGGGCGCCAUGGGUACAAGGAUUGGUUUGGGGUCCAGUGGGUCAGCAGCCGUUACCUGGACCCCAAUGACCAGGACGUGGUUGACCGGAUUCAGAGCAAUGUUGAAGGCCUAUACCUGACUGAUGGAGUCCCUUUCUCUUGCUGCAACCCCCACUCACCUCGGCCUUGCCUGCAAAGUCAACUUUCAGACCCCUAUGCCCACCCCCUCUUCGACCCCCGACACCCCAACCUAAAUCUCUGGGCCCAAGGAUGCCAUGAGGUGCUGCUGGGGCACCUGCAGGACCUGGCCAGCACACUAGGCAGCAUGCUGGCUGUCACCUUCCUGCUGCAGGCUCUGGUGCUUGUUGGCCUGCGGUACCUGCAAACAGCACUGGAGGGGCUUGGAGGGGCCAUUGAUGGGGAAGGAGAGACCCAAGGCUAUCUCUUUCCUAGUGGGCUGAAAGAUAUGCUGAAAACAGCAUGGCUACAGGGAGGGGUUGCCCACAGGCCAGCACCUGAGGAAGCCCCACCAGAAGAGGCAUCUCCCAAGGAGGAUCUACCUGAGGCCUAGUGGCCUACAGCAUAGGAUAGGGGGGUGAAGCUGGAAAAAGGGGGGAAGAAGGUGGGAUGGACAAGUCUGGAAAUCUCACAACUCCUUACCAAGACUCCAGGUUGGGGGGAGGGUCCCUGGGAUUAGAAAGGUUAGGAAUAGUUGAUGAGCUGGAUGGAAUUGAGGAUAGUCAGGUAGGUCGACAGGGGUGAGAGAGAAAAGCAGCUGUCUUGGGGCUUAGCCCUUGCAACCAGAAUAACAGCAAAGAACAGAAUGAUGAGAAAGUAACAUGGGAAGGCCUAGAGAUUGCCUCUGGUACACAAACUCAAUAAAAGUUUUUGGAUGGAA